AUGAGUCAAUACCCUCCGCAAUAUCCCCCAAACCAGCCCUAUUAUGCUCAACAACCGGGCUAUUACCCGCAACAGCCAGGAUGUUAUCCUCAAGGCCAGCCACAGACCAUUUAUGUCCAAGAACCUCGACGAACGGGUGGUGGUGGUGGAAAAGGAGGACUUUGUGCUGCGCUAUUAGCAGGAUUGUGCUGUGGAUGGUGCCUAGAGAAUUGCUGUGACGACUGCUGUGGCUGUUGUUGUGAUUGUAAAUGCUAUCAUUAUUGGAAACUGGCUACUACAUUACUAAAUUCAGCAAGAGUCAACGCUGCCAGAUUAAUAAACCUAUACGCACGACAAGGAUUCAGGCUGCAAUGUGUGUUUAAACAUGAAAACUAG